AUGUCAAAUGCCUCGGGGGAACAGCUGAUCUGCCCCCUGCUUCAGCUGAUGACGACGCACAGCCCCAACAACAACACCCAGGUCAAUAUGGUGGUGGUUUGCAUCCACGGUCUGGUCUCCUGCCUGGGGAUUUUGGAGAACGCGCUCAUCCUCUGGGUGGUGGGCUUCCGCCUGCGGCGACGCACAGUCACCUCGGUCUGGGUGCUCAACCUAGCUGCGUCCGACUUUCUGGCAACUCUGACCCUGCCCCUUUUCACCUUCUACCUUUACUCGUCACAUAGCUGGAAGCUCGGCAACGUACUUUGCAAAACCCAGGCUUCCAUCUUCUUCUUGAACAUGUUUGUGUCGGCCUUCCUGCUGGCAGCCAUUUCAGUGGACCGCUGCCUUCUGGCGGCCAAGCCAGUGUGGAGCCAGAAUCAUCGCUCAGUGGCGGGAGCAUGGAAGGUGUGUGCGUUGGGCUGGCUGUGGGCAGCGAUUAAUACAUUACCUUACUUACUGUUCCGCUCUGUGACUGAGAAACAGGAUGGCAGGAAACUGUGCUAUCAUAAUUUUGCCUUGUAUUCAUCCUCCCAAGACACUCUGGGGACAGAUUGCAAAGUGAGGCAGGCAGCGACGGCCAUCUCCAAGUUGCUGCUGGCAUUCCUCUUCCCCCUGGUGGUGAUAGCAGGGAGCUACAUCCAAAUUGUCCUCAGCCUGAGGUACAGGAGCCGGAAGAGGAAGCAAAGUGCUGGCAGGCACAAUGAUGCUCUGAUUGUGUCAAACAAAGAUGGGGCAUCAGGAACUACAAGUACCCCUACAAGCACGAAAAUCAUUAAUAUCUUUCUCAAGCCUCCGACCACCGGUCCAUCUUUAUCCUUCACACCUACUAACUUGUCCCCUUCUACCACUAAUCCGACCAGUCAGCUGUCCCAGAGCUUCACCAAGAUGGUGACGUUUGUGAUCGCAGCAUUUGUACUGUGCUGGGCUCCCUAUCACAUCGUCUGCAUGAUCGAAGUGUCAGCCGAGUACUGGAACAAGAAUCUCCGCCUGGUGGAGGUAGGGCUGCCCCUGGCCACAACCUUGGCUUUCUUGAAUGCCGUGUUGAACCCCAUUCUGUAUGCGUUCAGUUGCCCGAAGUUCAGCGUGAGAAUACGACAGAGUCUGGGAGCAGUGUUUGACGGUCUGGUAGAGGAAGGAGGAGGGUUGCUGUUGGUGCCAGGGAAAAGUUUAAGAGAUCACAUUCGGCGGAAGAGCAGUCGAGAUGUGAGCAUUGCAACCCCAGGGUCACAAAAGGGUUCGCAGUCACCCUGUCAAUCACCUGACAUCCAGCACCUCUUCCCACUGCCUUCGCCCUCUGAAGGUCUCACAAGCAACACUCACAUGGAGCAUACCAGACAAGAAUCAAAAGAUGAGGAACAAAGCUGA